AUGAAGAGGACAAGAAGAGUGGUGACCGUGGCCAAGUCGCGCAAGUUCCGGGAGCAGCACGGCAAGGUGCUGCUGGAGGGGCCGCGGCUCAUCCGGGACGCGCUGGAGGCCGGCGCCGCGCUGCGCACGCUCUUCUUCAGCACCGUGGAGCACCUCAAGGCGCUGCCCGAGGCCAAGCUGAAAGGCGCCAACUUGGUCAAGGUGAAGUUUGAAGACGUUAAGAGCUGGUCUGACCUCGUCACUCCUCAGGGGCUUCUAGGGAUCUUUUCCAAGCCUGACUAUGCCAAGAUGGCCUGUCCUGCGGCUCAGCUAACCAGCGCGCUGCCAAUGGUCCUAAUCUGUGACAACAUUCGAGAUCCAGGAAACCUGGGGACUAUUCUGAGAUCUGCGGCUGGAGCAGGCUGUGAAAAAGUGCUGCUCACCAAAGGCUGCGUGGACCCCUGGGAGCCCAAGGUGCUCCGUGCCGGGAUGGGCGCUCACUUCCGAGUGCCCAUCAUCGCCAACCUGGACUGGGAGUCGCUUCCCAAGGAGCUUCCUGAGGGCGCCCGGGUCUGCGUGGCCGACAACAGAGACGCCGGCGCGUGGAUGGAGCCGGAGCCCACGGCGGGGAGCGCGGGCGGCUCCGCUGCAGCUCCUGGCACCGUGAAAGCCAAGCCCAAGGCUCGUCCCGCGGAGGGCGAGGACGAGGAGGGGACGGGAGGCGCCGGCACCGCGGCGCUCGCGGCGCAGUGCGUGGACAGCCUCAACUCCGCCAUAGCCGCCGGCAUCGUCCUGUUCGAGGGGAAGCGGCAGCUGGGCAGGAGUCAGCAGCGAGAAGACGAAAGGCAGCAGUUCCCUGCGGUGGGUUGA